AUGCCCCACGCUGUGUCGAUGCCCUCACCAGGGCUCCAAGCCUUGGUCCUUUGCGGCCCGGGAUCUUCAUUUCCGACUUUCACUUCGAAUCCCGAUGAGAACCCCAAGGCACUCUUGCCCAUCGCAAACAGGCCUAUGGUCUGGUAUCCCGUCGAUUUCUGCUAUCGUAUGGGCAUCACAAACAUUACUCUUAUCUGCCCGGCAUCUGCAGAAGCAGCAAUCACAACUGCCCUGAACACCAACCCUUAUUUGACAGGACUUCCCCUGCCUAGACCAGACAUCCUCGCGCCCAAGGAUCUGGAUCAAACUACAGGCACGGCUGAGAUUCUACGCCUGCCUGAGGUCAAGGAACUCGUCAAGUCAGACUUUGUCGUUCUUCCCUGCGACCUCAUCUGCGAGGUUGCCGGCGAGAAGCUUCUACAGGCAUGGAUGGUCAAGGGCGCAAGCAUGUCAGACCUCCUGAGCGCCGCAAAGUUUUCAGGAAACAAACAGAGCCCCUUCAGCGGCGGCUUGGGCGUUUGGUACGAGACGAAGACAGCAACCCCGGUAAAAGGCGAGGAGACAGACUUCAUCGCCGUAACACCGUCCACUCCCUCCGCCGUCGCCCCCCCUAAGGGAUCUUUACUCCCUAACCUGUCCAACCUGGUCACGUCCAUACCCACAGACUCGUUGAAGGAUGCCAUGGAGACGCGGAGAGGCUUUGCUGUCCGCCAUGGCCUUCUGCGGAGUCAUCCUCGAAUGAAAAUGCUCACGACGCACAGAGAUGCGCAUUUGUACAUUCUACCGAGAUGGAUCAUGGACUUUGUUGAAAAGAAUGACCGCUUGGAAAAUAUUGGCGAAGAUGUCAUUGGCUGGUGGGCCAAGGCAACCUGGCAAAAAGGCCUUGCGGAAAAGCUUCAACUGGACGAGGUUCUGCGUAAGGAAGACGCAGACGACAGUGACGACGACAGUUCACUGCAGGAGAGCACCUCGUCGCCUCAAGAUGACGACCCUGAAGAGCUGCGACCUAGUAGAGGUCUCGACGACAACGCUUUCGAUGGAAACGACUUUGACGGCACAAAUUCCCAGGGAGCGCUUAAGGUGCCUCCGAUUAUCGCCUACGUACAUCCUUCUGGAGCCGAUGCACCGAUGAUACGCCGCGUGGACACAGCUCAACUACUCCUGAACGUAUCACUACAGCUUGCCAAGGUCCCCUCUGUGGAGGAGACUGGCAGCGAGGCAGCAUCCCCUUUCGCACACGCCAAGAAGGUGGCAUAUCCGGAGGGUGUCAAGGGCCGAACUACAAUCACAAAGGCCGACAGCUUGGUCGGAGAGAACGUCACAGUAGAAGAAAAGGUGUCCGUCAAAGAGUCCGUCGUCGGAGCCGGCUGUCAGCUCAAUGAGGGUGCCAAAUUGCUGCAGUGCCUGUUGAUGGAAGGCGCCGUGGUGGGCAAGAACUGCAAGCUUACGAGAUGCAUUCUUGGCAAGCGUUGUGUCAUUGGGGAUAAUUCAGUCCUGACAAACGUCGAGGUUCAGGAGAACUUGCUUGUUGAGGCCAGGACUGAGGAGAAGGACACGAAACUCAUGAGUUCCGAUGGCUUGGAGGCCACCGAAGAGGAGAUGCAGGGAGUGCUGGAAGACAUGGACAACGAGAUCAUGGCCCAGAACGAGGAGGCAGUGGAAUAG